UUGUUUUGGCUCCAUGGCACAAGGGCAAGGGUUGUGCAUGGCGUGGGUAUUUGCAUAAUUAACAUGUAGAGUCAUUGUAGAUGUAUGGCUGCAGCUGCUUCUUUAGCCACCACGACAACAUGGCACCAAAUCCGCAACUACCGCUCACAACGGCUUUUAUUUCUUCUGAUCCAUCGGCACCAUCUGCAUCGAUGCCAACAUCUUCUUCCUCGUGAGUCGUCUCUUGAUCGUGCGUUCGAAGGCACAGCCUCUACACCACUGACCUUCUUUGACGGCACAGGCAAGUCAGUUGCUCCUUGUCGCCAAGUGUCGGUGCUGCUUUUGUGCGUCCCAACGACUGGUCUAGAAAAUUGACGCGUCGAACCAUGUCAGAAAGCAAAGAAGACGGAGGGUACUUCGAGAUGUACCCGAAUGAUGAUGAUUUCAAAAAAAUGCCGUUAGGAGACGACACCGACGUCGAAGCCAUCUGGGACCAGAUGUUCCGAACUUCACUCGCCCUCUUCAUUGUCUUCUGGAUCGCCAUCUACUUCUCGUACGGUCGCGAGCUCACCUUUGACCCUAGCGCCACAUGUCGGACCGACGUCUGCAGAGCGGCCCUCACUUACAGCGCAGACCUCAAGUCUUCUAACGCGUCGCUAGCGUGCGACGACUUCUACCAGUACGCUUGCGACCUGUGGAACGCUACUCACCCGUCCCUGCCGAAUGUCUUCUCUGCCCUAGAGGACGAGGCAGACCGAAAAAUUCACGGGUUCUGGAACAAGACAGGCCGCGCAAACCAAAGCCUUCUGGACAAGACAGCAACUUAUUACUUUUCGUGUAUGAGCGCUCUUGGCCGAAACGUCUCCUUCUGUAUCAACUUGGAAUCCUACCUGGAAGUCAGGGGCAUCAAGAUGCGAAACGUGCUGGACAUUCGCAAACUCUUUGUGGAAGCGACGAGGGCUUCAUCCGACGCGACGAAGCUGCGCUGGGGACCUCCACUGAGCCACACCUUAUGCUCAAGCUGCGCGGGAUAUCUUCAACGAUCCUUGAGCCUUCUGUUCGGCGUCUCCGUGCCCGCCAUUAUUAUAUACCAGGUAGAAACUCUCGACGAGCAAAUAAGAAAUUUCAACCAGACAGGCGGGAAUCACGAAGACUUCACGAAACGCCAGCUCUUAAGUCACAUCAACGUAUCAACACCAUACCUUGUCGACGCCUUCAAGUACGUCGCAGAUCGCGUCACCGUAUUAGAUCCCCACGUCUUCAAGUAUGCCGUAGGUCUGCUCUUCAGCAACGAGCACGUCAACGUCAGUGCUUAUUUUCUUCUGCUCAAGGUUCUACAAGAUCCACUGAACAGCGACUACUUGGUCUCCUCCACGCCGAUAGGUCAGCGACGUCGUAUCGCGCAAGACAUAUGCCGAAAGAAACUUCAAUCAAAAUUACUUCCGCUUUGGAACGUGCUUGCUUUAGACACCCUAGCGACCAAGCACAGCUCCAAGUUCGUUGAAAACACGUUCGAAAUCGUGAAGGCACGGGUCACGGAUCACAUCAGAGAGACGACGUGGUUGAAAACCGACAUCAAGGACCGCCUCAUGAGUGCUCUCCUUCAAAUGCUGAUUUCGUCUCCCGAAAGACAGGAAUUCAUGGGUUACCUCAAGUACAGAUACAGACGCAUGCCCAAGUUGGGACCCUACUUUUACGAGAAUGACUGGUUGCUCGAUGAAUACCACGACAGUUGCGACGGCAAUGCGGACAGACUCUGCGCAACGAUCCAGGACAGGCACCAGGACGAACUGAGAAAUAACACGGUCGACUUAACAGCCGUUCAUCAGCUACGUCCGUUUUACUACGCCGAAGCAGACGCCUACAUAAAUGCAGCGACGUUAUCCUACCACAUGUUCUACUUGAUUAUCCGCCACCUCUUCAGGGGCGCGAACCUGUCCAGCGUUCCACAAGCAAAGUGUCUUCAGGAUCAGUCGUCUCGGACAGGCCUGAGCUUGGAUGAUGUGCUAGCCCUGACCACGGGUUUAAGACUGGCUUACGAAGUCGGUAACCCCGAGCCACGAACACCCGAUGACAGAAUUGAUAAGGUAACGGAAGAUCAGCUGUUUUUCCUGAGGGCCUGCCUUCAAUUUUGUUCAGCGGACGCUAGGCAAGUGCACCGCGACCAGUGUAACACUGCGGUGAGAAACAUUCCGCAGUUCUACCUGGCGUUCUGGUGUCCGCCCGGGGCGCGACUUCCGAGUGGCGGUGUAUGUGAGGUCAUGUGAAUUUUCUCAAUCAAUCAAUCAAUCAAUCCAAGGGUGCCUGUAAAGCAUUCUCUGCCACUCUGCGCUGCUGAAUGUGAAGAAGCGCGUAUUGCUAACGUUGAAUUGUGGAUUUAUUCUCUGGUUGUUUUGAGGACUUUACUCAAGUAAAUGUUGUUUGAAUAAUCCGAAAG